UUUUUCAGUUUCACUUUAUGGCACGCAUAUGUAAGACGAUACUACACAGAUGGACGCAAUAAUAAAUGACUGCCUCAAAAGUGUAACUGGAAUAAUUUUCUGUUUCUCUAAAUUAAAAUAAAGUUUCCAUUUUUGACCACUCGAAGCGAUCAACCGUGCACACAGAUAGUACAGUGUUACCUCGUUGUUUAUUCAUUUUAGGAAAUGACGACUGGUCAGAGCAAGCAGGAAACUACAGUCGUGGCUUGUUAAUUUAAUACUGCACUGUACUGCGGAGGCGAUGGAGGGCGAAGAGCGAUUCCAAAACUGAAACCUGAAAAAAGUUAUUAAUCAUUGGCGAACCUUUUUUUUUUUCAGCAGUCGGGAGACAUGUAUGUGUAUGUUACUGGUUGUAAAGCUCGCGGAGGCUUUUUAAAAAUUAACUGAAAUUGAAAUGAAAUCUCAACAGUAUUUGGAAAGGGAUAACACUGUUUCCAGUUUUGGUUUAAUGCCUCAAAUGUCAAACCCAGCACUAAAAGUCCUGUCUGAGGUGUUGAUAGUUUACACAAAGGAUGCUGCUGAAUGGAGCACAUACCUGCAGAAUGUGCUGAUUUCAUGCAAACAAUUUUCCAAGAAGUCAGUCUUGUUAUAUGAGGUCAAGAGCCAUACCCCUGUGGCCCAGCAGGACCUAAGAAUCUUCCAGAACAGCAGAUGUAUUGUCCUGUUGCUGUCAGGAGAACUCUUGGAUGUUCUUGGCAGCUCAGAGGUCUUGAAGAGCUUUCAGAAUGUUCUGCAGCCCCCUGGUAAGAUGGUGGUGUUGUUUUGUGGAGUAACAGAGACUGAAAUGCUAUCAGAAUGCUUCCAGGACUGGCAUCAGUGGAAACAGCUCGAUCCUGAAGAUGAACCAACGACCUACAUUUCAGUGGUUCGACAGGCUGUGUCUGAAGACUCAGGUUGUGACAGUGUGACUGACAGCGAGGUGGAGGUGGAGGCGGAGGACGAGGGGGAGGAGGAGAAGGAGGUGCACACUAAGCUGGUGUGUUCCACAGAGACCCGGCAGCAUGAGGACCCCCAGCCCCAGCCAGGCAGAUCGGUCCACGGGAACUGCAUCGUCAUCCAGCCAAACAGAAUACGAUGUGGGGCACAAACGAAGAUGUACAUUAUUCUGAAAUGUAAGCUAGACAACCAGGUAAAAACUCAAGUGGAGUUCUCCAGCAAAGACUGUUCUUCCAAGCGAGAGUCUGCUGUACUUGAAAAUGAAUACACUGUGUCAGUCAAGGCUCCUGAUAUGCCUUGUGGACCUGUUUCUGUGACUCUGUACUUCGGGGAUUUAACUGUGUGUUCAACAUCCGUAACUUAUUACACUGACAUGGAAGAAAUCGGAAACUACCUUCUAAGUGCCGUCAACCCUAUACAGUUUCUGUGUCAGGCUUUUAAAAUCACAACAAAUAAUAUAGAAGCUCUGGAUAAGUUACUGACUGAGUCAUUAAAGAAGAAUAUCCCAGCGUGUGGUCUACAGCUGUUUGGCAUAAACCAGCUAGAAGAAGAAAACAUGUCUGCAUACCAAAGGAAUGAAGAGCUCCCAACUCUACUUCAUUUUGCUGCUAAGUACGGUCUGAAGAAACUCACAGUGCUUCUGCUCCAGUGUCCCGGAGCACUGCAGGCCUACAGCGUGGUCAACAAGUACGGUGAAUAUCCCAACAACAUUGCAGAGAAGAACGGCUUCAAGGACCUGCGCGAGUUCAUGGAUGAAUAUGUGGAGACUGCUGAAAUGCUGAAGACCCAUAUAAAGGAUCAUAUUACACAAGGAGAGGACGAGGAGACAUACGAGUCCAUGUCCAACAUGUCCAGAGACAUUCUGAUGAAAUAUUCACUGAAUCCAGGAUGUGAUGAAGACAUCUACGAAUGCAUGGUGAAGCUGAACCCUGAUGGCAUGGAAGAUAUUUAUGAAGACAUGGUAAAGCAAACAGAAUCAUCACAAGACAUUCCGGACCCUUUUUUUGCACAGGAAUCUAUGCUACGCAAAUUCUUCGAAGUAAAAUCCAGUACAAGCUUUGAUUCUACUGAAGAGGGGGAGCAGGAGGACGAAGAUCCUUACAAUCUCUGUAUAGAUGAAGACGUCUAUGACACUGUGCAGUCGGGGGCCAACCAUCCACCGGAAAUCAUAAACCGACCUCCGGCACCCAUCCCCAGACCCUCAGUCAGCCAGGAACCACAGCAGAUGGAGCCAUACAUUUCCAAAGUGUUUUCAGCCAGAGAAGAGGCCAAACUGGAGUAUCCGUAUGCUGUCAUAGAACCAGUGUCAGGGCCAGUGAGACCCGUCAGGGACAGCCCUUCAACCACCACCUAUGACCCCUACGGUGGUAUGAAGACCCCGGGGCAGCAGCAGCUCAUUGCCCUGCAGGAGAAGGUGAAGAUGGGGAUCUUCACUGUGGAAGAGGCUGUGCAGCAGUUCAAGGAGUGGCAGCUUAACCAGAAGAGCAGAGGAGAGUCCUUCAAGUUCCAAGAGGACAAUUUGAGAAAGUUACGGGCCAGCAUAAUAAGACGACAGAAAGAAAAAAGCAAAACUGGGAAAUCUCUUGAUCUGCAGAUCACUGCCCCAAUUCGGCAGUUCGAGGGCCCGCCCCUGAAAUUGGAAUGUGCAGUGUAUGAAUCCAAACCCAGAGUGUUGGCAGCCCCACCCAGUCGACCCAUCAACAGGGGCAACUGGCAGACUGGGAGCACAACUAGUACGUCAAGCAGUGCAAGCAAUAGAUCCAGCACACGCAGUAACAUGAGCUUCAGCAGCGGGGCCGAAGGGGAUAAUGAGGACAAUGUAGACAGUUACCAGAGCCCCAGCCCCCUGCCUCAUGCAGCAGAGAAACUACCGGAGCUCCCCCCACCUCGCGUGCCUCCACGGACCCCUGCAAGGCUUCCACAGAGUAACAAUAUGGAUCGGUAUGCCCCUUGUCCAACCCGUCACGCCCCUAGUCCUAGACGCUGUAGCCCUCCUCCACCAAUACCACGCAGAACUCGUUAAUUCAGUCUCCAGGCUGCGCUGGCGGAUCACCUGCACCACUGAGAUAAUCGUUCAAGGAAUUCUGUGUAACUGUUCUGCGACAUCACCUGUCAAAAAAUGGGACGGAAUUUACAAAGCUACUAUGUAUGAUGCAGCUGACAGUCCAGCAAGACUGAUGAUAUAUAUCCAAUCAGACACGUGUUAGUCACAAAAUAGAUUAUAUGGAUUCCAGAGAAGUAAACCUGAAUAGAAAAAGCUACGGGCUGAACUGAGUAAGCUUUAUCAAGCCAUUUUUCUUGUUUGCCAUAUAAAUUUGCUCCUUGUAUCAUUUCACUUAAGUGAAUAUUUACACAGCAUUUGUUUGUUUUUCUUUAAAUACUUCAUUUGCAUUUUGAACUUGGACAUAUGCUGCAGACAAAUAACAGAAUGUGUAGAGGUAUGCAAAGUAAACCCAGAGUCAGAGUAGACACUCCCUUUAUUACUGUAGCAUCCCUGAGAAUAGCCAAGCAUGUUUCCAAAUGAAAUUGCCCUAAUAAAUGUUUACACACCAUGGCAAAAGCACUGCUAAGUGUAGGGGAAACAUGUUAAAGCAUUGGAAACCAUGAUGAAGAGCUAUGGUACAACUGCAGCAUAUUCUUUUAUAAAGCUGUUAUCACAGAGGGACGUCACAAGCUAUAACAACAUUGUCGUAAUCUGAAUCCAUGCAGCUAGCAAGUGCAUUUACAAACAACAAAAAGCAGAGGUACAUUUACUGUACAGUAAAUUUGUAUUCAUACCAUUUACCUGCUUUCUUCUGCACUUAAUGUAACUGCAACUGAGCCCUGUUCACUGAACAAUGUUGGAGCUAAAUGACCAGCUAUUGUCAAUUCCAUACCCCCUGAACAAGUGUACUAACCUGCUGAUGUUGUUUAUUUAAUCUUAUUAUAAACCGCUUGUAUUUAUAAACGUUUACCAUAGUUCAAGCAUAGCAAAGUGUAAUAAAGCAUGGUAAAGCACAGGUAAGCAUUGUAAUGCCCAGAGAGGUACGGUAAAACAUAUUUAGAAAAAUAUGGCAAAUCAUUGUAAACUAUGGUAGAUUCAUAGUAUGGCCAUGGGGAUGGGAAAACAUCUUCUGUGCAAAUGUACUGUGGUAAACUUUUAUAAGGGUCAUAACUAGGCAAAACUGACUAUUUUGGGGUUCGCUGCCCACCUGCCUGCCCCCCCCCCCCCCCCCCCCCAAUCUCUGUGGUUAUAUCGUUUUUAAUUUUUCAUUUUAAUCAAGUGUUCAGUUUUGCUGAUGCUGUAUCAGGUAUAGUCUACAGUUUGUUGUAUUAUUUUUUAAAGAACAAAUUACUGUAGAACUCAGGUGAUUAAGAAAAUUGAGUUCUUCAAAUUAACAACUAGAUAUAAGACCCAGAUUAAUUCUAAUCUUGGACAGCCUUACAGGUAUCUUAAUACCACUGAGUCGUCCAAGAUCGGGGUCUGUGAAACCAGCUGAUGAGGUACUUGCUGGAGUAUAUUUCAUUAUUGAAUUCACACCAGCAAAUGGAGAACUCUGGUGCUGUCAAUUACAUGAUGACCCUAUGAAUAUACUGUAGAAAAUUAUUUAUCUUUCUGAUCAUUAGAAACCUUUGAAUAUACAGUUCAGCGAAGGUCAUUGCACGCUUGAUCCAUUUUUAUCCAGAUUUAACAAACAACUACAGUAAUAUUAAUUUAACAAGCAUGCAUAUUUCCUGCAGUUGUUGUAAUGACAGUGAUACAUUGAUUUUUACAUGUGUUAAAAAAAUGUUAUGAACCUUGUUUGCAAUGUCCAUAAAGUACACAGAGUUAAGAAAAUAAUUGUCAUACAUCUUGUCUAAUAUGUGUUACCAUCACUUUGUAGAUCUCACAUUGUCCUAUAUGGAAGAUACACAAAUUAUGUAUUUUAUAUUUUUUGGUAUUUUUUCAUAGCAUUCCUUUACAUAAAAUGAAGUUUUGCAGUCUUUUCCAUUGUGUACAUCAUGUUUGAAGGAUGUUUUAGUUCUUAUAGGAAAACACUUUAGAGCUUUUAUUUUUUUAGAUAAUUAUGCUUUCUGAGCGUAUUUGUUUGCUAUUUAUUUCUAAAUUAUAUAUAUAUAUUUCCUGCAUGGAGCGAUCAACACAUUUUUUUUUUCACUAAUCUCUGUGGGUUUGAAAAUAGA